GCCCUUCAUGUUCAAACGGUUUCUUCUUUUUACUUCCUUUUUUCCUUUUUCCAGUUGUUUAUGGUAUUGUCGCAUCUUUAAUGGAGGACCAACAACAAAUCUUUAAACAUUUUUGUCGUAUUUGUAAGAAGGGUUUCAUGUGCGGAAGGGCUCUCGGUGGCCACAUGCGUGCCCACGGCAUCGGCGACGAGUCGGGAAAUUUAGAAGACGACGACGAUGACGACGCCGCCAGCGAUUGGGAAGACAAGGCCGAUAUGAACGCACCUCUUAGCAAGAGAAACUAUGCUUUGAGAACAAACCCUAACCGUUUAAAGACAUGUCGUGUUUGCGAGAAUUGUGGGAAGGAGUUCUUGUGUUGGAAGUCGUUUCUAGAACAUGGAAAAUGCAGCUCGGACGACGUCGAAUCCCCCGACGCAUCCUCCCCGAGGUCGGCUGCGUACGGGGAGGAUCCACCGAGAAGUAAUUGUCAAUGGUCUAAGAGGAAGAGAUCGUUUAGAGCUAAAAUAGGAAACGUAAUUCCUGCUAGCGAAGAGGAUGAUAUGGCGGCCACGUGUUUAGUGAUGUUGUCGAAUGCCCGUGUCGACACGGUUGAUCAGCCGGAGGAGUCUUGCGCAUCCGCCAGCCGAGAGGAGGAGCGACGGAAUCCUGAGGCGGCCAUGGCAUUCUUUUCUUCUGCAGCGGUCAAUCUAGACGUGAAAGCCAAGAGUGUGGCGGUUAAAGGAGUUUUUGAAUGCAAAGCUUGUAAGAAGGUUUUUAAUUCUCAUCAAGCACUCGGUGGUCAUAGAGCAAGCCAUAAGAAAGUUAAAGGUUGUUUCGCAGCCAGACUAGAUAACGCCGACGAACUCACAACCGACCGCGACGAAGAUUACUUUCGACCCUCGUCGAAACCUUUGUCCAUCUUUCGAUUCGACGAGUCGGGGCCAAGUUAUCCGGUGGGCAUUAACAGUAACAAUAACAACAACAAUUCGUCAAAGAGAAAAGCAAAAGUACAUGAAUGCUCAAUAUGUCACCGGAUUUUCUCUUCCGGUCAGGCAUUGGGAGGCCACAAACGAUGUCAUUGGAUAACAUCAAACUCUUCAUCGGAAACAACAAAAUUCCACCCGUUUCAUCAACACAAUUACGAUCCAAUCUCCCCGCCGAGAUCAAUCCCAAUCCCGGAGAACAACAACAAUAGUUACAAAGGAGACGGGCUGGAACUGAACUUGAAUCUACCUGCGUCUGUGGCAGAUCAUCAAGAUCAAGAAUUCGCCGGAAUUAGGAGGGAUCCACGAAACACGUUAAGCUUUGAAGUCUCAACCGAUCAUCACAUGCGGCGUUUACAAGCCAUGGUGGUGGGAGGAGAUGAAGAUAUUCAUAAAGAGAUGAACAAGGAGGUGGAAUUAGAAAAGGAAAUGAAGAUGAAGAGAAGUUUGGCGACAAUGGAGAUGAAUGAAGAAGACGAAGCAGAGAGCAAAGUGAAGCUGGCAAAGUUAAGUGAACUUAAGGACAUAAACGUGGGAGGAGGAGGGACUUCAUCGCCAUGGUUACAGGUAGGGAUUGGUUCUGCAAAUAAUGAUCAGCAAAGUUAA